GUACAGCAAUGGAGGACCGACAUACAGUCGAGUGGUUUUCUGUCCGGGGUCGGUGACAAGGGUUAUGGACACGUGUCCGUCAGAACCACAUUACGGCGAUAUCGAUUAUAGAUUUUGAAAAAUUCAACAAGCGGUAGUAAGAAGUGUAUUAAUUGGCAGAUCUAUGGUGGCGUAAAGAUGCGCCAUUGCAGAAUCUAUCGUAUCUACGAAGGACACGCGGUUCUUGUCGCUUUAUGACUCUUGCUUAUUUAUUGUGGAUUAAACUUCGUAAAAUAUAUGAUCGCCUUAUCUAUUGACAUAGAAGCCACGAACGGAAAUCGGUCGACUCCUGUACAGAGAGAUUUCUUUUGUGAGAGCUGUGGAUUAUGGAGGGUUAUUUUAUGCACGUUUCACAAAAGGUGGCUGAAGUGAGGUUUGGAAAGGAUGCUGAAGAAAAGUUUUACUCUGUUCGGGAACUGAAGACCUGGAAGUUUUGGCGUGCAGUGCUGGCGGAGUUCGUAGGAACUAUGCUGUUUGUAUUCCUGGGCUGUGCUUCCACUCUAACAAGUCCCAUCAAUCCUGUCAGGAUUGCACUUGCAUUUGGACUGGCUAUUAUGGCCCUAAUUCAGAUGUUUGGUCACAUUUCGGGAGGACAUUUCAAUCCUGCCGUGUCCUGGGGACUAUUUGUCAGCUUUCAGAUCACUGUAUUUCGGGCCUUGUUUUACACGAUUGCUCAAACAGUCGGCGCCAUUGUAGGAGCCAUGAUUCUGAAAGGAGCGACCCCGGAUGUAUUUCAUGCCAAUCUUGGAGUGACAAAGGUUCCAGCCAACUACACCCUUCUGCAAGGAGUGGGCAUCGAACUGAUUCUAACCUUCUGCCUUGUGUUGGUCAUUGUUGCGACAACAGAUGGGAACAGGACGGAUUUUGGAAGCGCUUCUAUGAAAAUUGGUCUUACAGUAGCAAUGCUGCAUUUUUCUUGUAUAACCCUGACAGGAUCCAGUAUGAACCCCGCUCGAUCACUAGGGAGUGCUGUAGCCUCCAACGAUUUUGACACACAUUGGGUGUACUGGGUGGGACCAUUACUAGGAGGAUGCAUAGCUAGUCUGCUGUACAAAUUUCUUUUCUCGCCGUACAGAGGGACAAUAUCGGGCGACGAAGCAACUAAGAGACUGCUUGUGGAAGGGGAUAUGUUAGCAAUUCCAAGGGAUUAUUUCACAGGGUCUGACCAGACAGCUUCCAAUGGGAAAAAUCAGGAGUCCUUUAAACUGUAAUGUGGCGGAUCUGAAAGGAUAACAAACCAGUGUCAAUUACUUAUCUAAAACGUUCAUACGAAGCCGAGCAGUACAAACCAAUAUAAUUUUAUUCAAGCACAGUGUUAACAAAAUGAAAUUGAAGUGGAGCAUACAGCACGGUCACAAGGCUCCUGAAUAGAAAAUCCACUGAAUAAGAAAUUUCAUUAGAAAGGUCUUAUUAUAUGCCCCUUGAUUAUAAUGUUUGGGAAAGAUGUACUUGUAUAAUCCCAUGAUUUCUACAUAUAGAUAAGUAUUAACAUGUCGUCAUUACAGGUUUCUUCUAUGUAAUAUUGUAUCAGUUAAUAUGUUUCUGCCAUUACAUACAGUAGGGGCCUAAAUCAACCCGAACACAAACAAUAUUAAUGUAUCCUAAGAAAUGUUACAUUUAUGUUAUGAUAUAUUGAUACUAAUAGAUCAUAAUGAUAUGACUGCAGAAAAUAAGAAUUUCAGAUGUGUUUUGUUUUUAGCUCACCUGCGCCGACGAGAGCUUUUCUGUUCAUUUUUGUCUGUCUUCGUCUUGUUUUGGUGUAGUUUUGUAAGCUCCCGUGACUUGUGUCCGGAAGGGGAGGGGGGGGGGGUAGUUUUGUUCAGUAUCAGUCCAUCCGCCUGAUUCAUGGUGCAUGGUUUGUCCUGUUAACUACUCCUCCAUUUUUUAAGAUAUUCAUAUUGCCUAUGCAUAAUGUAAGAAUUUUUAUUUUCUUCAAUAUUUUUUCACAGAUGGCGGACUGUUAACUGUUGAACAUUGGUCAAUUUUGAAAAAAACAAUGACAUAUAGUGUAGAUCUAGUUUGUUCAAAUGAUGGUUGUCAGGAUCAGCAUGAGACUCCGACUUCUACAAAUGGAGAUAUAGGAAAAUGUUUAUAAUUAAUCCUCGUUGAAAAUAAGGCUAUAAUUCGUCAGGUUUAUGUGAAAAGAAUGUAGUUUCGAUUUAAUUUUCCUCAAACCAUGACCCCUGGGAUAAGGGCGGGGUCACAACAGGAUUAUUUUUUUGUAGGAAAAUAUAUCAAACUAUUUAGAAUGUGACAUAAUGAUAUGAAAGCAUCUUCAUGUAGAGGUAUUGUAUGUGCUGAUUUUUUUUAUGAAUUAUGACCUAGUGUGGGUCAACGGUAGAGGUUCAAAGAGUCCCUGCGAAAAUCUUUCCAAUACCAAUACAAUAAUGAGUUCACCAAAAUAAUUCUCAACCAUCCAGAGAUAUGUCGAAUAUAUUUACAUUUCCAAUGCUUUUACCUUCAAUAAUGAUAGCCAUUUCCUAAUAAAUGCAAUGCAGGUGUGAACAGUGUGUGGAUCUUGAUAAAUGUAGUACUGACUAUUUUAAUGACCGGGAAUUCUGACGGAAAUGAAAGUUGAGUGUAAAUAUAAAAUAUGAAUUUCAAUUUUGAAAAUACAUGAGGUCAUGACCGGCAACGCUUCACACCAGCAUACUCUUCGUAUCCGCUAACGCGCCUCAUGAACUCUUCGUAUCCGCUAACGCGCUUCAUGAACUCUUCGUAUCCGCUAACGCGCUUCAUGAACUCUUCGUAUCCGCUAACGCGCUUCAUGAACUAUGCUGGUGUGGAACGCCACUGUUCACACUCGCGUGUUUUCGAAAAUGAAAUUUAUUUAGAUAACAGUUAUCCGAUAAGCAGGUCGUGGCUUAUUGUUAAAUCGCUAUUAGUGUUCCAAACUUUUGAAUACCAUCUCUGUAUGAGUAGGGUGGCUAAAGUGAGCGUUGUGGCCCAUUUACUUCUUGUUAUUUAUAUUAUUGUUACAUUUUAUACUACAGUAUAUAAAAUCCAUGUUCUGUAAUAAACAUGAUGUUUAU